ACGUCUCUGCUUUGUUGUCCAGAGCAUUUUGCUUUCCCUGUUGUUUGGAGUCUAUGCUUGUGUUUUCUAAAACCACUCCAAAGCCCCAAGGACCAUGGAGCUGGGAGCAGCCUCUGUAACCCGCCUCCCGAAGAGCUGGCCAGGAAGUGAGUGCUGUGUGGAGACCUAAAGCGCCGCUUAAGAAGCGGAGCCUGUGAAUGGUCUGGAGACGGAGAAGAAGCCUUUUAUGGUUGAUGGCAAACCUCAAGCGUCUUCCCACCACAUCUCCCUCCUCUAGCCCUGCACCUCCCCACAAACAGACCCAGCUCUCCUGGAAUAACGCGUCCAGCAGCAAACUGACUGCAGCAGGCGCCCCCAUUCUGUGAGGCUUCAGGAGCCAGCUCUGCAGCGGCAGCAACAUGAACCUGAGAACUGUCCUCAUCCUCCUAGUCCUGGCGCUAGCCACGAUCUUCGCUUUGGUUUGUGUGUUGCUGACGAGAGGAGUGAAACCAGCCAGCUGUGAGCCGCAGCCCCUGAGCAGCCAGGGGGGAAAGCACAGUGAUCAGAGCCUGGUCUUCGCUGAUCUGACGCCGGAAGAAAUGAAGCAAGUGGUGAUGUAUCUUCAGGAAAACCUUGGGGUGCCAUUGGUAGAUGCCUCUCAAGCAAACCCUUCUGAUAACUGCAUUUAUUACAUUGAUGUGCAGCUCCCCACCAAGGCAGAGGUGCUGGGGUUCUUGGAUCGUGGGGGCAGGCGACCCCUACGGCAGGCGCUGGCUGUGGUGUAUUUUGGAAACCAACCAGAUCCGAAUGUCACGGAGUACGUGGUGGGUCCCCUGCCCAAGCCGACGACUCACAGGGAUGUCACAGUGCGGAAGUACGGAGGGAAGCUGCCGUAUCACCGCAGACCGGUGACUGAGAAGGAAUACAAGGAUAUUGACCGCUUUGUCUACCAGGAGUUCGCCAAAGCACCCAGCUUGCUCAGAGAGUGCUGUGAUUAUGAUGAGACCAAUUUUGCUACCCUCACCACAGUUCCUCGGGGGUUCCAGUCAGGAGAUCGUGCCACCUGGUUUGUUCUGUUCCAGAACGUGCAUGGCAGCGGCUACUAUCUGCACCCAGUGGGGCUGGAGGUGCUGGUUAAUCACAGCAGCCUGAACGUCUCCCAGUGGAGGAUAAGCCAAGUGUUCUAUAAUGGCCAGUACUAUGGAGACAUGGAGCAGCUGGAGACCGAGUUCAUACAAGGCCGCGUGGAAGAUGUAAAAGUUAAGAAAGUCCGACCUGACGAGGAAUUUGGCUCCAUGAGGCCCAGAGCAGCCCACAUGGCACCAGGCCCUUUGCAAUAUGAGGCCUGUGAGCCCCGCUACAGCAUCCAAAACAAUCACGUCAUCUUCCAGUCCUGGAGUUUCGCCUUUGGGAUGGAUGUGAACACAGGACCACGUCUCUUUGACAUCAAGUUCAAUGGAGAGAGGAUUGUCUAUGAGCUGAGUCUCCAAGAAGCCCUUGCUGUCUACGGCUCUAAUUGUCCCGGCGGGAUGGUGACUAGAUAUAUGGAUGGGAGCUUUGGCAUCGGCAAGUUUGCUUUUGAGCUGGUCAGAGGUGUUGAUUGCCCCUACACAGCCACCUAUGUGGAUAGACACUAUCUAGCUGAAUCAGAGACCCCUAAAGUUAAUAAAAACUCCUUAUGUAUUUUCGAGCAGGACACUUCAGUCCCACUGAGGCGCCAUUACUCCAACUUGCAGUCCCUGUACUAUGGCGGGCUGACUAAAUAUGCCCUUGUUCUUAGGGCCAUUUCAACUCUCAUAAACUAUGACUACGUCUGGGACUUCAUCUUCUACCAGAACGGAGCUAUUGAAGUAAAAAUCCACGCCACUGGCUAUAUUAGCUCGUCCUUUCGCUAUGGCACAGGCACCGAACAUGGCAAUCGGGUUGGGGAACACACCCUAGGGACAAUGCACAACCAUCUCAUCAAUUAUAAAGUGGACUUGGAUGUUGGAGGAACAAAGAAUUCUCUGGUGGCUCAUGACAUGACAUUCGAUACCGUGCAGGCUCCUUGGAGUCCAGAGCACCAGAUACAGAGGCCACGGCUCACCAGGAAAGUCCUGGGCACUGAGGACAAGGCCGUGUUCCCACUUCACUCCAAGAUUCCCAGAUACAUCCACUUCACCACCAAUGCUGAAAAUAGGUGGGGCCACCAGCGUGGCUACAGGAUCCAGAUAGUCAGCUUUGCUGGGGACCAUCUGCCAGAAGCCAGUUCCAUGGAGCGGUCCAUCAGCUGGGGGAGGUACAAACUGGCCGUCACCAAACGGAAAGAGGAGGAGCCGACCAGCACCAGCAUCUACAACCAGAACGACCCCUGGACGCCCACCGUGGCCUUCGCUGACUUCAUAGACAAUGAGACCAUCGUAAAUGAGGACCUGGUUGCCUGGAUUUCUGUUGGCUUCCUGCACAUCCCGCAUACUGAGGAUAUUCCUAACACAGUGACUGUGGGGAACGGAGUCGGCUUUUUCCUGAGACCCUACAACUAUUUCGAUGAAGACCCCUCUGUUCACUCACCUGACGGCAUCUAUUUCAGAAGUGACCAGGACCCCAGCAUGUGUGAAGUGAACCAUAUUGCCUGCCUGUCAAAGACCGCCUCGUGCUCACCAUCCCUCCCCCCAUUCACCUACAACGGCUUCCAGAACCAGACAGGUCCCUGAGCCGCUGACUGCAGGGCCUUGUAAGCGUGCUGGUGAUCGACUGUUCGUUGGGCCACGUGCUCAGGUGUCCAUCGAACGCAGCCGUCAGCCCUGGCUCACCGAUCCCUGUAGAUGGUUUAUACAGGGCCAUCCUUAGCCAUACGCAGCAUACGCGGCUGCCUAGGGCACCAGGGAAUGUGGGGCACCAAAUUGCCCCAAAUUUCAUGGUGCCUUCGGCAGCUGGGUGCUGCAUACGCGACAGCACUAGCCCUGGUGACCAGCCCUGUCCCUCGGCCGGACCCCCUGCAAGGGGCAGGGCCGUCCCUAGGCGGGUGUGGGGCCCCGACAACUCCCUCUGCCCUGCCUCUUACCCUUCCCCCUGCUCCGGGCACGCCCCCAUUCCACCUCUUCGCCCAGCGACCCCGCACUCACUGGCCCCAGCCCGCUCUACUCCACCAGCUCCCAGCCGCGGCGCUCCACUUCCCGCCGCUGCUGGUGAGUGGGGGGAUCCCUUCUCCCAAGCCCCCUCCCUCAAGCGACACGGCUGGGGCCAAGACGAGGGAAGCGGACCGGGCUGCUCCCAGCCCCCUGCUAAUCCCCCGGACCACUCUGGGCCUGUGGGGCCCCCAAAAGUGGCCCCCCACAGCUCCUGCCUCCCAGACUCUGGUGGGGGGGGGAGGCCUGGGGCCCCACACAGUCCCCCCCACCCUCUGCGGGGUGGCUAUGUAGGGCACCCAAAUGGCUAGGGACGGCCCUGGGUUUAUAUUUAGCUGAACAGUCACACUGCUUACAGUGAAAGAGGGUGCUCUCUCUCUGAUCAAACAUCAUUGGUGUACUCUGGUGCUGGACUGAAAUCAAAAAAAUGCGCAAGUCCUAGGCAAAGCACUGAGAUCAGACAAGGAGAAAUCUUGCACUACCCAGCGCUGAAUAGAUGAGACCCCUGCAGCAUGUCUUAUUUCGCCUCCCUUUUUUCCUGUGAUCCCCUGGUCACUAAGUACAUUUCGGGCUGGAUUUUCAAAGGAGCUCAGCUCCAAUUUAGGCACUUAAAUGGGCCAGUCAGAAGUUUUGUAGGUGGGAGCUGAAUUCCUUUGAGAAUUUGGCCCUUCAAGUGCAGUUCUGCAAAGUGAUUCUAGCUAGAUGGCAGCCUGGGAUUUCUCAACAUGCAGGUGACUGAAGCUGCUGCAAAUCCUGUAUAAUGCAGCCCACAGAAUUGUGCAGGGCGGCACAUGGCUGGUCUCAUCUCUAAGGCCACGGGGAUUGAGAUGGCGCAGUGCACGCUGGAAUCUGUCAGCAAAACAAGUUGUACCUCUGUAUGAAAGAGGAGAGGUGGCUGCAGUCUGCUCCAUUGAAUGCCAAGUAGGUGCAUCGGUCAGGUUCCUGGCGUGUUGUCAGCAGGGCCCUCAAUUGGACAAAGUUUGAAAUACCUCAUGUUUAAUUAAAGUUUUCCCAGGUCCCUUUUGAUUCAGCAGAUACCUAGUGACCUGGUGCAGAGUUGCAGUUUAUCUAAGAGUGUAUAUAAGAAAAUUAGACACAGAAGCUCUGCACACUCACUAGACGUGACCUGACGUAGCUUCAAGUAAAACAUUCACUAGCAAGCGUCUGUCGUCUUCUCACAGGCCUACCAAGGAGCUCAGGGUGGAUGUGCAUUCAAGACCAAUUUUUAUUUCCUGUAACAUUUCUGUAUUGCCACAAGCUCUGAAUCCUCAUUGGCUUAGAUGUAUGUCAGUCAAAAUAUUACAGCUGUUAGUACAUUCACAUCUACACCUCUACCUCAAUAGACCGCUGUCCUCGGGAGCCAAAAAAUCUUACCGCAUUAUAGGUGAAACUGCGUUAUAUCGAACUUGCUUUGACCCACCGGAGUGCGCAGCCCCGCCCCCCUGGGAGCCCUGCUUUACCGUAUUCUAUCCGAAUUCGUGUUGUAUCGGGGUUGAGGUGUAUUCAAUAGUUACACAUAUGUCACGUUAUAAAACACAGGAAAAGAUGUGCUAUUAAUACUGAACCUAAUAAAAGGUAAGUGACAGCA